AUGGAGAUCCGCGCCCGCGCGCCCGGCAAGAUCAUCCUCGCCGGCGAGCACGCCGUCGUCCACGGCUCCUCCGCCGUCGCCGCCGCCAUCGACCUCUACACGCAGUCCUCCCUCCACCUGCCCCCGCCAGGGGAUGGCGGCGCCGGCGGGGAGGUGGAGGUCGACCUGACGGACUCGGGCCUCGCCUUCUCCUGGCCAUGCUCGCGCCUCCUCGAGGCGCUGGGGGAGACCUGCCGCAAGGCGGAGCUGCAGGCCCCGAGGCCCUGCUCCCCGGAGGAGCUGGCCUCCAUUGCCAGGCUCGUGGAGCUGCACGAGAUACCCGAGGCCAAGAUCUGGCUCUCCGCAGGCCUCUCCGCGUUCCUCUACCUCUACACUUCCAUCCUGGGGUGUAGGCCUGGGAAGGUCGUGGUGAGCUCGGGUCUGCCGAUGGGCGCGGGGCUUGGUUCGUCGGCCGCGUUCUCCGUGUCGUUGUCGGGCGCGCUGCUGACGGCGGCAGGAGUGGUUUGCGCUGAGGGCGCCGUCGACGGAACAGAGUGGCGGUUGUUGGGGAAGGAUCAUCUUGAGCUGGUUAACACGUGGGCGUUCCAGGGGGAAAAGAUUAUUCAUGGCAAGCCUUCUGGCAUUGACAACGCUGUCAGCACUUUUGGGAGCAUGAUCAAAUUCAAGAAGGGAGAAUUGACAAACCUCAAAUCUGGCAAUCCAGUCAAAAUGCUCAUUACUGAUACAAGGGUUGGUAGGAACACCAAGGCUCUGGUUGCUGGUGUGUCUGAAAGAGCAUCUAGGCAUCCCGAUGCUAUGGCUUCCGUCUUCCAUGCAGUGAACACCAUUAGUGAAGAGCUUUCCAGCAUUGUCGAGUUAGCUGCCACUGAUGAGAUAGCCAUGACCUCAAAGGAAGAAAAGCUAGCAGAACUCAUGGAGAUGAACCAAGGUUUGCUCCAGUGCAUGGGAGUCAGCCAUUCCUCUAUAGAAACCGUGCUGCGCUCGACAUUGAAGUAUAACUUGGUCUCGAAGCUCACCGGAGGUGGUGGUGGAGGCUGUGUUUUGACGUUGAUACCAACUCUUUUGGAGAAGGUCACCACGGAGCUAGAAUCGCAUGGUUUCCGCUGCUUCAAAGUCGAGGUCGGUGGACAAGGUCUUCAGAUUCACCAAGGAUAA